AUGAAGCACUGUCCCCUUCAAAGAAGAUAUCAUCGAAAUUCGUUUGAAAUCGCGCUGUUAGGAGCAGCCAGUGUGGGAAAGACGUCGCUGGUUCGACGGUCGUUUUAUGGGGAGUUUGAUGAUGAGUAUACCCCAACAGUUGAGGACUACUACAAACGUGAAACGCACCAAAACCAUAGUGUAACUGUUCUUAAUGCCACAGACUGUGCUGGGAGCUUUCAGUUCCCUGCAAUGAGGCAAGUAACCAUCCGAAGAGCUGCUGGUGUGGUCCUGGUUUUCUCAUUGGACAGUGAAUUUUCGUUUCGUGAGCUUUACAGAAUAUUACACGAAGUCAUCAUGACCAGGGGAGAGGAAGGAGUUCCAAUUGUUGUUGUUGGAAAUAAAAAGGACUUAGGCGUUCGGGAAGUUUCAGAGGAAGAGAUUGCGGAAUUAACAAGAAAAUUCAGCUCUGAUCGAUUCCCUCUGCGUUACGUUGAGGCGUCAGCUAAAGACAAUUUGAACGUUGAAGAAGUUUUUAAUCAGCUUCUUAGACUUUUGAUGCCUGAAGCUGCCCCGAAGAAGAAGCGAUUCAAGAUUUCUAAAUUAGUCAACGAAGCGAAAGAAAAAUGCCAUGUUAUGUGA